CUUGAUAAUCGGCACGACCGCCUUCGAAUAAGUGGGCGGGGCUUGAAUAAUGAACUAGUCACUGUUGUCUGCAGUGAUAUCAUAACACUGCAAUAUGAGGGCGCGCUCGCAUGACCGUACCCGUCCCCAUCCCUGGGCAAGACACAGGUGUAACUGGGGCAAAUGGUAGGCAAGGGGAAUAAAAGGAGGAGGAAGGAUGACAGCUGAUCCGCUCAUCCCUCUGCCACCACUGCCAGCCUCAUACUAAAGAAGACGAAGAAAAUGGCUCAGUCUGUAAGGAGGCCGGAGACUCGGGGAGCCAAGGACUGCGAGCCCCAGAGGGACAAGACCAGGACAAGCUACUUUGGCAACGUCAAGACCAGGCUGGGUUCCAAGCUUCCUCCUGGCGUCUCUCAGCCUCCACAGUUUGCUAAACGUCCCUGGGAGAAUCAACCUCAGGCCCGUAUGAUGCAGGAGCCUGUGGCCAGCAGCCAGCGUCAGCUCCAGCCCACUGUGGGCCGACCUCUCAACCACACCCCCCACAUCAGAAACCCCAAACUGCGGCAGUACUACCUGCAAGGGACUGCAUGGGACCUUAACAAUACUGCAGUGAAGCAAGAGCAUAUGACUGGACCAUCAGGUGACAGCACAAGCAGUCGGGGUCUCCCUGUGGACACGGUGUUCAGCAUCUCGUCACAGUUCAACAGUAACAAAGCCUUCUCAGCAAAAGAGGGGAAAAUGGACAAAUCUUCAAAUGUACACUCUGCGACAGCUACGCUCAUCACUAGAGAACAGCUUGUCGUACCGACGGGAAAAAACACUUCCAUCGGUCAAGGAUCCUCUCAACCAGAACUGGACUCGGACUCUGAUCCUAAACUGAAGCGGGAGGUGAACGCUGAUCUGGACUCUUUGGAAACACUCGCUGUUUCACCCCAGCCCCCCUCCCCAGAGGCUGAAUAUGACAAACUACUGGAUGUGGAGGCAGUGCCGAUGCCUGACGGACAGCUCUGCUUAUUGGCUCUGCCGCCAGAGUGCUGCCAGGCGGAGGGACCGGAGGCCAUGCAGUACCUCAAACUGUUCUGCCGCCACAUCACAGACCGUAAGGGUGUGGUUUCAGGUAUCCUGCUGGUGACAUCUAAUAAAAUCUUCUUUGACCCGUGUAAGACACACGCUCUGGUGAAGGAACACGGCUGUGAGGAAUACCUUCUGUCCUGCUCGGUUGACAGUCUGGCAUCUGUUUCCUUUUUCUCUGACAUCUCGCAUGUUCACUUCAACAAGUCCCAGCAGAGGAGAAAAGGAAAGAAAAUGUUCCAGAAGUUGAAAACAGACAAAAUCCUAGCAGGCGGCUUCCCAAAACCAAAGCGGGAGUCUGUGCCGUCUCUGGUGUCUUUGGCAGAUUUAUCAGAUUUGUCCAGUCUGGCUCCGACCCUGACCAAAGAGGUUAUUGGGGAGGAGGAGGUGGAGGGCAGAGACAUGGCGGAGGCUGAGAGGGAGUUUGAUAGCAGCCCUCCGGAGUUGCUGUCUGAAGGAGGUCUGGGAGUGGCCGUCCUGAGCAGUGCUGCCACCUUCUGCUGUGGAGCUCCAGAGGUGGGGAGUAAAGUGAGGACAGAGCUGCUGCUGAACGAAGAAACAGGGAAGACCUCUGUGAAGAGUCAGACUGCAGUGCCUCUGCGGUCAUCAGCAGGAAGUCCUGGGAGCCUGAUGUUUGUGCGGCUGCGGGUUCAGCCGUCUGCGGGAAAGAAAAAGGGAGGCCUUCAGCUGGGGUCGACUAAAAAAAGGGAUGCCUGGCUUGCACUUUCACAAGAAAGCUCCGACGAGUUGUAUGCAUACCUGAGUCACUCCCGACCAGACCUUUGCAUACUCGAGGGAGGGGAGGAAGAUGAGGGGCAGGACCGUGACGAAGAGGAGUUUGUACUCAUUGACGACCGAGAGGAAGAAGAGGAGGACGAGGACGAGGACGAGGAUGUGUUCCAAAGGCACCGCAGCUCAGGGGAUGACUGGGAGAUGGUGUUGAUGGAGGACGCGGGGAAAAAAACAACUCUGGUCUUCGACAAGGAGCCCGACGGACUCAAUAAUAUCUUAGCGAGCAGCCACAUUUUAGAAGCUUCACAUGUCAAAGAGCUAUGUCAGGAGCUUCCCCCGAGGACGGUCGGCUACAGCUGGCACCUGGCUUACAGUACGUCCCGUCAUGGCGCCAGCCUCAAGUCCCUCUACAGAAAACUCAGCACAACGGACUCCCCUGUGCUGAUUGUCAUCAAGGAUGCACUCGACGAGAUAUUCGGGGCCUUCCUGUCUCACCCUCUGAAGCCCAGUGAGACGUUCUACGGCACAGGAGAAACUUUCCUAUUCAUGUUGCAUCCUCGCUUCAAGUGCUUUAGAUGGACAGGAGAGAACUCCUUCUUUAUUAAAGGAGACUUGGACUCCUUUGCUAUUGGUGGAGGCAGUGGUCACUUUGGUCUGUGGCUGGAUGAGAAUCUGUACCUGGGUCGCAGCAGCCCCUGCUACACUUUCAACAAUUGCUGCCUUGCGGAAACCGAUGACUUCCGAGUGAUGGAGCUGGAGGUGUGGACAUUCAGCUGAAGAGGCCAUUUCUCUUAGAUUUGCCACAUCUCUGCUGAUCAGCAUUAAUCACUGAGCAAAUAACUAACACAGCCUCUCAUUCAUUUCAUGGUAGCAUCCAUGUAAAAAAAAUCUACUACAAACUGCUGGAUUUAUCCCUGUGAAUAAGUGCUGUGGAUUUUAACAAACUUGAUGAACUGAACAAAUCUUGAACAGCGCGACGUCCCAGGGCGGGGGUUUAGUGGUUGAGCCUAUCCUGAGGGUUUGGCAGCCAAGCUGUGAAAUGUAGAGCUGAACUGGAUUCUAAGAGUCCUUGUUUUUGAAUGGAAUAGGUUACAAGUCUCUUAAUGUGAAUCACUUACUUUAUGAUAUACUAUCAUUUUAUCACGUAAACAUAAUGGUAGAGCUGUAUUUUAAGCUAAUGCAUGUCUCCGCUUUCAUAUAACUGUGUUUAGUUAAUGCUGGAAGUUUUCCAAACACACUUAUUAGAUUUCCUUAUUAAAGUCCAAACUGCACACACACAUCAUAAAUCUCACAAACAAAGGCUCCGUCAUCACACACUAAUCAUUUUUAUGGGUUUUUAUCAGUUAGUGUCAUAGACAGCAUAAAUGAAUACUGGAAGUAAUCUUCAGCGAACACUUUGAGCUCCACUUCGAGAAAAGCUUCUUAAUUUAAGAGCAUCUGUACAUUCAAUGGAGGACUAUCCUGAAUUAUUUUCAUUUAAAGUGCUUACUCAUACACCACUGUGCUUUCUGUAUGUGACAGAAAAAGCUAGAAUUAUUGCAAUUUUGUCUCAAUUGAACUGUUAAACACUCCCUGAAAACCCAAACUUCUUUGCUUACAUUGUACAAUAUUGUAGAUUAGUUAAUAAAAAUAACAGCACAAGUGAAAAUGUAAACUCUAUAAA